GAGUGCAGGCUGUAGAUGUCGAGGAUGACAUGGUGAAGUGUUACUUCCUGGACUUUGGAGACACGGACGUCCUGACAGUGAGCAGCCUGCGUCUGUUAGCUCCCUGCUUCAGCACAAAGCCUGUACAGGUCCUCAAGGUCCAACUAGCCGGCUUACAGGACUUCUCUACAGACCCAGAAGUACUGUCUAAGCUCUUCGACCUCGUGGCUGGGAAAAACUGUUUUGCUGAGAUCGAGGAAAGGGGUCCAGUUCCUGUAGUGACGUUUUACGACACGGGUACUGAAGAGGACAUCAAUGUGAACGAGUUGUGUCUGAGUGUGGUGGACGCUCGCGACCUGGCACCAACCAUACCAGGGGUUGGAGAGAAGCUAGAAGGCUGCGUCCAGUUCGUAGACAGUUCUGGUCUGAUCUACUUCACAUCUCCCGGCCCUGGACUGGACAAACUGGAACAGCUGAUGGCCAGCGCUGACCAGCAGACUAGCGUGACGGACACGGGAGUGACCACAGCUGAACUGGGGAAAAUAUACUACUCAUGCUUUAGCCAGGUAAUGAUAGCGAGUUGGAGAGGAAAAGAAACAGAAAGGAGGGAAGAAAGAGGGUUUGGAAAGGAAGGGGGUUCAUUGUGA